GCAGCGCGGCAGCCGUGCGCGCCUGGGCAUGGCCCGCUCGGCGCGGGCGCAGGCUGGCGGCGCGCCAGGCAGUCGAGGGGCGCUUGGCGGCUGCUCUCUCUCGCGUUGCCGAGCUGGAGGGCGAGUUGCUGCGCGCGCGGGCGGCGCCAGCGGCCCCUGCCUGUGCUCCCACUGCCGACCUCGAGGCCAGGAUCCAGGCAGAGGUCGAGCAGCGCCUCGCCCUCAUCGAGCCGUGCAUCGACCAUUGGGUCAGGACGGCCGUGCUCGAGGACGAGGAGGUGCAGGAACGCACGGCGAUUGUCCCUUCGCAGCCCCGCCCGCUGGUAGUGGGGAUGAACACGGCGGCGCACCAGUUCAGGGUGCGGGCCGCCGACAUCGCCAAGAUGAACCAGAAGGAGCUCAACGCUUCGCAGCGCGGGGUUCGGAAGGCGGCGAAGAGGCCUGGGGCGCGGUGCGCGACGCCCUGGCGCCAGCCGCUCGGCCGCCAAGGCGGCCCCAUACAAGUGGGCGGUCGCUGCGCGAGGGGGCCGCCGCUGGGCGCGGAGCGCGCCUCCCCGUGGGCAGCCUGUCCUUCCAGCGAUGCUGUUCCACCUGGCGCGGCCAAGCCUGGUGAAGCGGAUGCUCACGCCAGGCUGCCGGGUGGCGCGGGUCCUCUAGGGCUUCGUUUCUCCGGCUGCGACUUCGUCGCGGAGGAGGUCGAGGAGUCGGUGGAGAGCGUCGGUGGCGACGACAUCGUCGCGGGGGAGGUCGAUGAGUCGGAGGAGCGCGUCGGUGGCGACGUCGGGUUCUGCUGUGGUCCCUCGGCCCCUGCGGCCGUCGGGGCUCCCGACGCGGCGGUCGAGGCCGCUGGCGCCGACCCCGGGGGGGGGCGUUUUCGGAACCCUGGGGGCUUGGGUGCGUUUCCCAUCCGUGAUGCCAUAGCGUGGGCUGAUGUGCAGGAGGAUGGGGAUAACGGCAGAUACGGCGACGUCGUGGACAACGUGGCCGACCGCGAGGACGGCUUGCUCGCCCAUGAUGCGCGGCGCCGCCUGCGCGUACUGCAGAGGCAGGCGGCGGGGGAGAGCCAGGGCGCGGUUGUCGACGACCGCGACGUGAUGAGGCCAGGCUGGCAAGCGGUGGACGCCUUGGCGGGCUCGGAAAUCCCACCCUUGUCGGACGAGCUGCGGGCUGGACUUGCAUGGCUCCGCGAGUUCCUCGAAACCAGGCUCGCCGACGGCUGCGGGCUUCGCAGGCUCGCGGUGCGCAGGGGCCACGUCGGCGAUGCGGCGAUCCUCGACUCCCCGCAGGAGCUGAGGGCGCGCCUCAAUAAUCAUCGUCGGCGUUGA